AAACAAUAACGUCAUUAUUUAACAACACAUCCGUGAUUGGUCCGCCCCUCAGGUUAAACUUAAAAGCCCAGGUUACCCCAGAAAUCUGUAUCGCAUAAUCACGGUGACAAUGAAGCUGAAGAGCUGGGAUCAGUGGCUGGGCUAUGUGCUUGCGCUUCACUUCCCGACCCUAGUACUCUGGGGCGACUUUGGGGCCAUGGCACUGGACAAUGGCUUGGCGAGAACACCUACUAUGGGCUGGCUGCAUUGGGAGCGUUUCAUGUGCAAUGUUGACUGCCAGGAAGAGCCGGAUUCAUGCAUCAGUGAGCAGCUCUUUAUGCAGAUGGCAGAGCUCAUGGUCUCAGAUGGCUGGAAGGAUGCAGGUUAUGAGUAUGUCUGCAUUGAUGACUGUUGGAUGGCUCCCCAAAGAAAUUCAUUAGGCCAACUUCAGGCAGACCCUCAGCGCUUUCCUGGAGGGAUCCGCAGACUAGCUAAUUAUGUCCACAGCAAAGGACUGAAGCUAGGGAUUUAUGCGGAUGUUGGAAAUAAAACUUGUGCAGGCUACCCUGGGAGUUUUGGACACUAUGACAUUGAUGCUCAGACCUUUGCUGAGUGGGGAGUAGAUCUGCUAAAAUUUGAUGGUUGUCACUGUGACAGUAUAAAGCAUUUGGCAGAUGGUUAUAAGUACAUGUCCUUGGCCCUGAACAGAACUGGCAGAAGCAUUGUAUACUCCUGUGAGUGGCCUCUUUAUAUGUGGCCCUUUCAUAAGCCUAAUUACACAAAAAUCCGACAGUACUGCAAUCACUGGAGAAAUUUUGCUGAUGUUUAUGAUUCUUGGGAAAGUGUGAAGAGUAUCUUGGAAUGGACAUCUUCUAACCAAGAGAAAAUUGUUAAUUUUGCUGGACCAGGGGGUUGGAAUGACCCAGAUAUGUUAGUGAUUGGCAACUUUGGCCUCAGCUGGGAUCAGCAAGUAACUCAGAUGGCCCUCUGGGCUAUCAUGGCAGCUCCUUUACUCAUGUCUAAUGACCUCCGACACAUAAGCCCUCAAGCCAAAACUCUACUUCAGGAUAAAGAUGUGAUUGCCAUCAACCAAGACCCCUUGGGCAAGCAGGGGUACCGCCUUAGAAAGGAAAACAACAUUGAGGUAUGGGAACGACCGCUCUCAAACUUAGCCUGGGCUGUAGCUAUGACAAACCUACAGGAAAUUGGUGGACCUCGUUCUUACAUCAUCUCAAUUGCUUCCCUGGGUAAAGGAGUGGCCUGUAAUCCUGGUUGCUUUAUCACACAGCUCCUCCCUAUGAAAAUGGAGCUUGGGUUCCAUGAAUGGACUUCAAGCUUAAAAACUCGUAUAAAUCCCACAGGCACAGUUUUGUUUCGGCUAGAAGCAAAAAGAAGACUGCAUCAAAAAGCUUAAAUGUACUUUAA